AUGGCAUCCAAGACGUACAACGUUGGAAUCAUCGGAUAUGGAUUGUCCGCCAAGGUCUUCCACAUUCCCUUCAUCAACCUCACCCCCCAGUUCAAGCUGCACAGCAUCGUCCAGCGCAAGCCCACGGCCUCGUCGUCGGCGCCCAAUGACUACCCCGAGCUGAAGCACCACACCUCGCUGGAGCCCAUGCUCCAGGACCCCGAGGUCGACGUCAUCAACAUCCUCACGCCGCCCAACACCCACUUCAGCUUCACCAAGCAGGCGCUCCAGGCCGGCAAGCACGUGCUGGUCGAGAAGCCCUUCGUGCCCACCGUCGCCGAGGCCGAAGAGCUCAUCCGGAUCGCCAGGGACAACAAGCGCCUCAUCUGCGUCUACCAGAACCGCCGCUGGGACAGCGACUUCCUGACGGUCAAGAAGAUGGUGGCCGACGGCGUCUUCGGCCGCGUCUAUGAGUUCGACACCCACUUCGACCGCUACCGCCCCGAGCGCCCGACGUCGUGGAAGGGCGAGCUGGGCAUGGCCGAGGGCGGCGGCGCCCUCUUCGACCUGGGCUCCCACCUGCUCGACCAGGCCUACCACCUCUUUGGCAUGCCCGAGACGGUCUACGGCAAGCUCGUCAGCCAGCGCGACGGCCGCUUCGACGCCGAGGACCCGGACAGCGUGCACGCGCAGCUGGCCUACAAGGACGGCCUCCUCGUCAGCGUGCGCAUCGGCGUCAUGAGCGUCGAGACGCACCAGCCGCGCUUCUGGGUGCGCGGCACCAAGGCCUCGUUCCACAAGACGGCGCUCGACCCGCAGGAGGACCACCUCAAGGCCGGCCGGAAGCCCAACGAGCCCGGCUUCGGCGUCGAGGACCCCAUCAACGGCGGCAGGCUGCUCCUCGUCAGGGAGGGCGGCGAGGUCGAGGAGCGCACCAAGCUGACGGUCGAGCCCAAGACGUACCUCAAGCUCUUCGAGGCGUUCGCCAAGGCGGUCGAGACGGGCCGCGAGGAGGACGUUCCCGUGCCGGCGAGCGAGGCGCGGGACGUGCUGCGCAUCAUCGACGCCGUCAGGGAGAGCGCCAAGACGGGACGCGAGGUGCGCCUCUCUUGA